CAGCUGCCUCUGUCACAGGGACACACUUAAAAACCAGGAGACACGUCCGGAGACAUGAGUCUGUCCACUAACUUCCCCGCGUGCUGCCUCGGAACUUUGGCGCGUCCUCGUCCCUCGUCCCCGGAGCGGCGCGUGGCCGCGUGGAGACACAUGUCCGCUGCUCCUGUCUCCUCUUGUCUGUCCAGAGACCUCGGUCCUGACAUGUGAACUGCUUCUAUAUCGCUGCAGCACUUUACUGUGAUUCACACCGGAUGGAAAAGACCAUUUAUUUUCAUCAGGAUAAAACUCUUUCCUGUUGCCAACAGAACAGGUCGAUUCCGGCUCCGGGCUCUUGGAAGAUUUCUGUGAUUUUACCGUUCCCUGCUGUCGCUGGAAUAUGCUCGAUAUAUGGAUGAGCUAUUUGGAAAUCUUUUUCAAAACAACACUAUCGAAUCACUUCUGAAGGAUUAUCCUGUGAGGAGCCCACAUGUCUUCUGAGGAUAAGCUGAUCCUUUUUUUGUCUUGGUGAAAGGUAAUGACCCGGCAGUUAUCACCAUUUAACGCGGAGAAACAGGUGAGAGUAUGAUCGCUCUUGCCUGACAGGCCUCGUGGGAGGUCACUGCUGAAUAUGCAGGACUUAGCCGGGCCUGAUAUGCCCAGGAAACAUCCGAUCUUUGAUGGCUUUGCCCUCGUGCGGGGCUUGCUCCUUGGAUUAGUCAUGGCAAGUGCACCGGCGCUGGCUUGCCCUACAAGUUGUCACUGCAUAGAGAAGGGCGGCAUGACGGUCGUCCAGUGUGUGUCUCACAACUUGGAGAAGAUCCCGACAGAUCUGCCUGGUGACACUGUCGUCCUGCACUUGGCGUCCAACCACAUCACGCACAUCCCCAACCACGCCUUCAGCGAGCUGCGCUACCUUCAGGAGGUGGACCUGUCGAACAAUGACAUUGAGACUUUGGACGCCGGAGCAUUUCAAGGCGUUUCUGACAGCCUCCUCGUGCUGGACCUGUCGAACAAUCGCAUCCAGAGUGUCCCGAAAGAGGCCUUCGCCCGACUCCGAGCGAAGAUCAGGCUCUCCAACAACCCGUGGCACUGUGAGUGCACGCUGCAGGAGGUGCUGAGGGAGCUGCGGCUGGACCCCGAGACCGUGAACGAGGUGAUGUGCCACACGGCGGUGCAGGAGGAGUACGCGGGCAAGCCGGUGAUCCAGGUGCUGGACUCAGGGAUCAACUUCUGCAACUUUCACCACAAGACCACCGACGUAGCCAUGUUCGUCACCAUGUUCGGAUGGUUCACCAUGGUGAUCGCGUACGUCAUCUACUACGUGAGACACAAUCAAGAGGAUGCUAGACGGCACCUGGAGUACCUCAAGUCGCUGCCCAGCAGCUCUCAGAUCAGCAAGGACUUCGACACUAUCAGCACGGUUCUUUAGCAGGAGGCGUGUGUGUCUGUACAUAUGUGAGUAAAUGUGUGCGGUCAUGUACAAACAAUGACCAAACAGCUGUUGCAAACAGAAAAUCACAAACAUUUUUUACAACAAUAUUCGAGGUCUCACUGCAAAUAGAAAAAUUGUUUACCAACUUAAAAAUAACAAUUUAAUUGGUAGCACACUAAAGUUAAUCUUAUAAAGUUAAAGUUAUCUACCUACUAUUUCCUCAAACGUCUUUCUGUCUGUGUGUGUGUGUCUGUGUGUGUGUGUGUGUGUGUGUGUGUGUCUACCAUGUGAACUGUUCAUGUAAUCGGCUUCACACGUAUGUUCUUAGUUUCCUCAGUCCAAGCCAAGUGUACAUUCAAUAUUAAUACUAAUUCAAUAAACAGACGACCAUGCAGUGCUCUGUAGCAGUCA